AUGAACCACGCCCCCCACCCCAAUGAGCCAUUCCCCACCCCCCAGGACCUGGCCGCGGCCACGACGACGCACGCGCAGGGCCGCUUCCGCAUCUCGACGCGCAAGCUGCCCAUCUCAAAGGCCGGCGCCAUCGACGCCAUGACGGACCGCAUCGGCAUCCCCAUGCCCGAGAUGAUCUUUGGCGACAACCUCGUCCACGUCGCCCACGCGCCCUCGGGCUGGUCCGUCGCCUUCACCACCCCCGACGCCCUCGACGCCGUCGACAAGACGGACCGCCACAUGCUCAAGGUCGCCUACGCCCGCGACUGGGAGAGCACGCGCGAGAACACCACGCACAAGAUCAAGGAGGUUGUCAAGCCCUACGACUGGAGCUACUCGACCACCUACUGCGGCACCGUCGGCGACGACGCGCCCCCGUUCCGCCCGACCGACCGCCAGAUCCCCAUUGAGCUGCUCAAGCGCCGCGACCCCAUCCUCUUCUUCGACGAGGUCGUCCUGUACGAGAGCGAGCUCGACGACAACGGCAUCUCCAUCUACAGCGCCAAGCUCCGCGUCCACCAAAAGCGCAUGCUGCUCCUCUGCCGCCUCUUCAUGCGCCUUGACAACGUCGUCGUCCGCAUCCGAGACACGCGCCUCUACGUCGACUUUGAGACGGACGAGGUCCUGAGGGAGUACACGGCCAAGGAGGCGACCUUCGCCGACGUCAAAAAGGCAUUGCUCAUGUCCGGAAGACUACCCGACGACGUGACGAUUGGUCUGCGAGACCCCAACGUACUGGAUCCGUUGCUGGCUGUGACGGAACGGAGAUUAGAGGCCGUCAAUCUCCGGGAGCAGAGUCAGGCUGGCAAGACUGUCGCCAUGGCGGCGGGAGCGUGA